GGCGCGCUGGGAGCGGAGGCCGCGAUGUACCACAGCAGCACGCAGCGGCGGCACUGGACCUUCCGCGGCGAGGACGAGCUGAGCCGCUGCCGCGCCGAUGCCAACCGAAGAUGCCGCUGCCGGGCGGCGGCGGGGGGCAAGGUACCAGGGGCGGAGAGGGGGCAGCGCCGGGCCGGGCCGGGCGGGGGGCCCGGAACUGCUGCGAGUUGCGCUCUGCCGCAGGUGCCGCCGAGCGACCCCCCGCCGCCGCUGGAGACGGCUGAGGAGCUGGUGCUGUGCAAGUACUACGAGAAGCGGCUGCUGGACUUCUGCGCCGCCUUCAAGCCCGCCAUGCCGCGCUCCGUGGUGGGAACAGCUUGCAUGUACUUUAAGCGUUUUUACCUCAAUAAUUCAGUGAUGGAGUAUCACCCUCGAAUAAUAAUGUUAACAUGUGUGUUCUUGGCAUGUAAAGUAGAUGAAUUCAAUGUGUCUAGUGCACAGUUUGUUGGUAACCUGCGGGAGAGCCCUAUAGGGCAAGAGAAGGCACUUGAACAAAUCUUGGAAUACGAACUACUACUCAUUCAGCAGCUGAACUUCCAUCUUAUAGUACACAACCCAUACAGACCAUUUGAGGGGUUUUUAAUUGAUUUGAAGACUCGUUAUCCAGUGUUAGAAAACCCAGAAGUUUUGAGGAAAACAGCUGAUGACUUUCUCAAUCGAGUAGCUUUGACAGAUGCCUACCUCCUGUUUACCCCUUCACAGAUAGCUCUCACUGCCAUAUUAUCCAGUGCCUCCAGGGCAAGAAUUAAUAUGGAAAGUUAUUUAUCAGAAAGUCUUAUGCUGAAAGAAAACAGAUCUUCUCUAUCCAAGCUACUAGAUGGAAUGAAAUGCAUGAAAAAUCUAAUAAAGAAAUAUGAGCCACCUAAGCCUGAAGAUGUUGCUGCUCUAAAACAGAAGUUAGAGAAAUGCCACAGUUCAGAACUUUAUGCAAACUCAAAGAAGAGGAAAGGUUAUGAGGAUGAUGAAUGUAUUACGAAAAAACCAAAAAUGGAUGAGGAAGAAUGGACUGAUGAUGAUCUUGUGGAUACUCUGUAAUGACAGUGAACACCACUAGAAGAAUUUCAAGAAUUCAUUGUCAUCUACUCCAAGUGAAGUCUUAUUUGUAAAGACUUUCACUAUCAGCCAAUACUAUCUUGCACUUUUCCUAUUUAUAGUGAAAUUUAAAUGUGUUUAAGUACUUUGUAAUAAUAAAAGGAUUACUUUUUUUUAAAUUUAAAA